AAUUUCUUGUCUCAGGGCAGCCAAGUGUCUGAGGCUGGUCCUGAGUGUCUGAAGCUGGUCCUGACCUGCAAUAGGGGGAAGGUUAGCAGAGAAGGGAUUCGUGACCAAGCUGAGAAGACAGUUGACCGCUCCACAUGUAUCCGGGAUGCAGGGAUGUGCUGAGUUAUUCUCCUCCUGUGAGAAAGAUCAGAGCAGAAAACUGCUCUCUCUCUGCCAGGACAUGUCUCUGAAGGCAGCAUCCAUAGCUGCAGCCACAUAAACCAAGACUCUAAGAAAGGUCCAAUUUUCAUCACCGUCCGCUGAAUCAUGAGGCUACUCCUGGCGGGCCGCCGCCUCCUCAAGGCUCUGCGGACCUCCCGGUGUUCCUUCCGCUCUUUCCGUCUCCGGUGCGCUGGCCUGGCUCCUCAGAAGAUCUUUUCUGCCUUUGAAGCCAUGAGUCUGGGGCAGCGGGAGGUACCGGAGUAUUUUAACUUUGCCCAUGACGUACUGGACGUCUGGUGCCAAAUAGAGAAGAAUGGGAAACGCCCUCCAAACCCCGCUUUCUGGUGGAUCAACGGCCAAGGAGAGGAGGUGAAGUGGAGUUUUGAAGAGUUGGGGGCUCUGUCCAGGAAAGCGGCUAACGUCCUCACGGAAGCAAGCGGUUUAGAGAGGGGAGACCGAAUGCUGGUAGUUCUUCCACGCAUUCCUGAAUGGUGGCUGGUGAACGUGGCUUGUAUGCGAACAGGGGUGGUCAUCAUCCCAGGCACAUCCCAGCUCACUGCCAGAGACAUUGCUUACAGGCUACAGGCAUCACAGGCCAAGGCCAUAGUCACCAGUGACUCCCUUGCUGCCCAAGUCGAUAUUGUGUCUGCCAAGUGCCCCUCCCUGAAAACCAAGCUUCUGGUGUCUGACGACAGCCGGCCGGGAUGGCUGAAUUUCAGGGAGCUGGUUACAGUGGCAUCUACUGAGCACAAACACGUGAAGACCAAGAGUCAAGACCUGGCAGCCAUCUACUUCACCAGCGGCAGCACCGGGGUCCCCAAAAUGGUGGCACAUUGCCAACAAAGUUUCGGUCUGGGAUUCGCUGCCAGUGGAAGGUUGUGGGUGGACUUGUCUCCCUCGGACAUCUUCUGGAGUAUGUCAGAUCCCGGUUGGGUCAAAGCUGCCUGGACCAACGUUUUCUGUCCCUGGAUUCAUGGAUCGUGUGUCUUCGUACACCAGAUGCCACAGUUUGAUAGCAAACUCGUCCUGAAUACUCUCUCCAGCUUUCCAAUCACCACUUUCUGCAUGACCUCCACUGGGUUCCGGUUGCUUAUUCAGCAAGAUCUGGCAAGUUACCAGUUCAAGAGCCUGCGGCACUGCGUGACGGGAGGAGAGCCCCUGAACCCCGAAGUGCGGAAGCAAUGGAAAAGCCAGACGGGGCUGGAGCUGUACGAAGGCUACGGACAGACGGAAACUGUGUUAGUCUGUUCAAAUAACAAAGCCAUGAAAAUCAAGUCCGGUUCCAUGGGGAAAGCGACUCCUCCUUAUGAUGUGCAGAUCGUGGACGAAAAUGGUGAAAUCCUGCCUCCUGGAGAGGAAGGAGACAUUGCAAUCCGCAUUAAACCUACACGGCCUUUCUGUUUCUUCUCUGGUUACCUGGAUAAUCCAGAGAAAACAAAGUCAACCCAACGGGGGAAUUUUUAUGUCACGGGAGACCGAGGCCGCAUGGAUGAAGAGGGCUAUUUCUGGUUUCUGGGAAGAGCCGAUGAUGUCAUCAACUCCGCGGGGUACCGGAUCGGCCCCUUCGAGGUGGAGAGUGCCCUGAUGGAGCACCCGGCCGUGGUUGAGUCGGCUGUGGUCAGCAGCCCAGACCCCAUCAGAGGAGAGGCGGUAAAAGCAUACGUGGUCUUGGCUCCGGCUUUCAUCUCCCAGGAUCCAGCAGAGCUCAGUCGUGAACUGCAGGAUCACGUGAAACAAGUGACCGCGCCAUACAAGUACCCCAGGAAGGUAGAGUUUGUUCGAGAGCUGCCAAAGACCGUUUCUGGAAAGAUCCAGAGGAACAAACUGAGAAUAAAAGAAUGGGGAGAUCAGCCCCGAAAAUAAGGUGUCGCCACUGAGAGCACUCAGCAGGGGUGAAAAUUUACACUUGGUUUGGGAAGCAUCUCUUCUCUUCAGAAAUAGAUACCAUCACUAUUGGCAUCUUCCAGGCUCAGCCACAUGACUCUCUCUUGAACACAUUCUUAGUCAGUCUGAAUUUGCAGUUGCACAUUCUGUCUCAUACUCCCUCACUCCCAUCCCCUCCCUUCUCGGAUAAGCCUUUCCCAGCUCACCCCCGCCAAGCUGUCGGUUUUUUGGUCAGACUUCCACAGGCCGGCGUGUGGUUGAUGAAAGGGUCAGGUGAGUCUACAGAUAAUCUGCAUAGUGGAUCUCCUGUGCGUGGAAAUAGGCAUAGCUUUUUCAUUCGUGUUUCCUUCAGCCCUGAGUUGAUUUUAUUUGGAGCGCGGUAUACUCAAUCUGACCUUCUCCUGAGAAUACAUUCCCAGUCCGCUUGUU